AUGGCGACCACCGCCUUGUUAGCGGACUUGCCCAUCAUCGAUCGAAACAACAAAUCGGAAAUAAUCAAAGAGUGCUCGGCCGUUGAGGAUCAGGCGUUGCUUCGAGAUGCACUCUACCGCAUUGCCAUGCAGGUCGUCGUCGGCGAUGCACCAUCGGAUUUGAUCGUCUCGGCCCUUCACGAAAUCAUCCGAAUCGUCGCUGACUGGCUACUUAAGGAGCGCCUUGACUACGAAACCAUCGGCGACGCUCGCAUCAUCAGCAACUCGAAGCAAGCACAGACCAAGUACAUCAAGCUAAAGACCAAGUUAUACUACAAACAACAAAAGUUCAACCUUUUUCGGGAGGAAAGUGAAGGCUACAGCAAGCUGCUGACGGAACUGUGCCAGGAUGGCAAAUUUGAUCCCAGUUACAUGUUGAACUCGAUCAAGUCGCUUAUUGGCUGCUUCAACCUGGAUCCAAAUCGAGUGCUUGACAUCAUCUUGGAAUGCUUUGAAGCUAGACUCUACCUGAAAGACUCCUUCAUUCCACUGAUCAAGAACUUUCUGGACAACCCAUCGACGUUGAAUCAGAUUCUGGCGUUUAAGUUCAACUUUUAUAAUGCACCCGACAAUGAACUUGAAAUUCCAUCGGCGCUAUACGACGUCACCGCGUCUGUCAUCUCGAACAACCUCAUUCGCGUCGACGACAUUUACCCAUACCUCCUGCCAACCGACGCAAAGAUCGUCGAGGCCUACAAGGCGGAGAUUGAAGAGGCGAAGAAGUUUCACCGCAAGCUCUCGGAGAUCAUGGCCGUCGAGGGGGCGAAGCACGAGGACGUUGACAUCUUCGAGGAGGAGCGGACGAAGGCGAUCGGUCCCAACCAGAAGCUGGGUCUGGUGCUGGCGCUGCUGCGCAACGGCGACUGGCGCAACGCCUCGAACAUCAUGGGCCGCCUGCCCGAGUACUGCACCGUCGCCUACCCGGCCAUCGGGGCGGCCCUCUGCGAGCUGAUCAGCUACCAGAUUGACCCGCUCUACCGGCGCUGCUCGGAGCUGCCGGCCAGCCUCGCCUCCCGCCUGAAGCCCCUCGCGCUGGACUGGCCACUGCUGCCCAGCAUGGCCCGCCAGGUGGACGCCUACGAGGCCUUCAAGGCGGAAGUGCUGCCCGCGGUGCUCGCCCUCGGCCCCUACCUCUUCCGCAGCACGCUGCUGAUGACCAAGUUGCUGCGCCUCUACCGGAGCCUGGUGCGCGGCGCCGACGCGGAGACGUACCGCUACGACGCCCUCAACCUGCUGAACGCCGUCGUCCUGCCCGCCUUCGGCCUGGUAGAGGCCAAUCCGGCCAUGGCGGAGGAGCUGUGGUCGCUGCUGCGCCUCUUUCCCUACAACGAGCGCUUUGCGUUGUACCACGCGUGGAAGGGCGAGCCGGCGGCGCCGCUGCUGAUUCGCAUGAAGUGCUAUGGCAUGCGCCGCCUGCGCUACAUCAUGAAGCGCAUCAGCAAGGACAAGGAGAGCAUUAAGCAGUCGGGACGGGUCAUCGGCAAGCUCAGUCACUCCAACCCGACCUACCUCUUUGAAUAUAUUCUCGGGCAGAUUCAGUCGUACGACAACCUGAUCGGCCCGGUGGUCGACUCGCUCAAGUACCUUUCUUCGGUCUCCUACGACGUCCUCCUCUUCUGCGUCAUUGAGGUGCUCUCCAACCCGGCGAAGGAGGCCUCGAAGCACGAGGGCACCAGCAUCUCCCCCUGGCUGAUCAGCCUGGCGAACUUCUGCGGCGCCGUCGUGAAGAAGUACCCGGUGGAGCUGCCCGGCCUGCUGCAGUUCAUCACCAACCAGCUGAAGGUGAACAAGUGCCUCGACCUGCUGAUUCUCAAGGAGAUUGUGCAGAAGAUGACCGGCAUCGACACCACCGAGGAGAUGACCGACGAGCAGCUGGAGGCGCUAAGCGGCGGCGAGCUGCUCAAGUCGGAGGGCGGCACCUUCAAUCAGGUGCGCAACAUCAAGAAGUCGACGGUCCGACUGAAGGACGCCCUGCUGGAGAACGGACUGGCGAUGGCGCUGUGCAUACUGAUGGCGCAGCAGCGCAACUGCAUCGUCUUCCAGCAGAGCACCGGGGAGGUAGGAGGAGGAGGAGGUGGUCGAAACACCCACCUGAAGCUGGUCGGCAAGCUGUACGACCAGUGCCAGGAGACGCUGGUCCAGUACGGCCACUUUCUCUCGUACUCGCUCAGCAUUGAGGACUACCGCCGGCGACUGCCCCCGGUGCGCGACCUCUUUGUCGACUUUCACCUCAGCCCUGAUGUGACCUUCUUUCUGGUGCGCCCUAUGGUCAACCAUGAUAUCAAUUCCAUCUACGAGGAGUUUCUCAGCGGCAAGGCCGACAAGACCAAGUCCUUUGCGACGGAGUGCUACGCGCGGGCGAGCGACGCAGUGCUCAAUCCGCUCGUAGAGGCGAUCAUUCCCAUCAUGGGCAGUCUGAGCGUCGACCUCAACCCUCGCUUCUUCGUCACCUUCUGGACGCUGACCAUGUACGACCUGAAGGUGCCGGCGAAGAGCUACGCCCGCGAGCGAGGCAAGAUCACCGCGCAGAUGGUGGCGCUGGAGGAGAGCAAGGAGCUGGCGGCCAGCAAGCGCCGCAAGGAGAAGGAGCGCCUGCUCGGCCUCACCGCCCGCCUGAUGGCCGAGGAGGCGGCGCAGGGGGAGCACACGGAGCGGGUGCUGCACCGGCUGGACGGCGAGAAGGGCGGCUGGUUCGAGACGACGGUCAACAAGAUGGACGUCACGACGCACUUCCUCCAGUACUGCCUUUUCCCCCGCUGCAAGUGGUCCGCCUCGGAUGCGCUCUUCUGCGCCAAGUUCGUCCACCUGCUGCACUGCCUGAAGACGCCCAACUUCAGCACGCUCAUCUGCUUUGACCGGAUCUUCGGCGACAUCUCCUACACGAUGAGCUCCUGUACGGAGAACGAGGCGAAUCACUACGGCCGCUUCCUCUGCUCCAUCCUGGACAUUGCCAUGCGCUGGCACCGCGACACGGCGGUCUUCGCCGCCGAGUGCGCCAAGUUCCCGGGCUUCGUCACCAAGUUCUGCGAGAAGGACCCGGUGCACAUUGACUACGAGAGCUACCGCCAUGUGUGUCACAAGUGGCACUACCGCCUGACGAAGGCCUUCAUCCUCUGCCUCGACUCGGGCGACUACAUUCAGAUUCGCAACUCGCUGAUCAUUCUCAGCAAACUGCUCGUCUUCUUUCCCGUGAUGAUCAGCUUUGCGCAGGCAAUUGAGCGGCGGCUGGAUAACAUUCGCAACAGUGAGCGCGAGAAGCGGCCGGAUCUGUUUGUCCUAGCGACGGGCUACUCGGGCCAGCUGAAGCUGAAGAAGGGCAGCUUCAUUCCGGAGAGUGAGUUUCACGAGAAGGAGACGAAGAAGGUGACAGUGGCGGCGGCGACGACGGCUGCUGUUGCUGCUGCUUCGGCGGCUCCUUCUGCUUCGUCUGCCACCAACGCAGCAUCUUCGGGCACUUUAGCUGCACAGAGCGUUUCUUCAGAACAUCAUCAACAGCAGCAGCAGAAGUCCUCUUCCUCCUAUUCCUCAUCGGCUCCAGAGCCUACUGAAGCUGCAGAAAGGCGAAGUGGCGGUCAUCAUUCAAGUGAUGGCGGCCAUCACAAGAGCUCGGAGAACAACAACAACAACAACAACAACAACCACAGCUCUGAGCAGUCUCGCAGUAGCAAGGCGAAGAACUCCUCUUCCUCCUCUUCUAAAUCGACGCACGUUCGCAGCUCGGAAAUUUCCGAUCCGAAUGAGCUGCUGAAGCAGAAGACGGUGAAGGAGGUGCGAAGCUCGGCGGAGUACAAGAGCAGCACUGAAGGUGGUGGAGGUGGUAAGAGCUCUGACAACUACAAGUCCAGCAAGUCGAGCAAGUCUUUAGAGGAUGGAGGCGGCAGCAGCAGCAACAACAUCAGCAGCAGUGGCAGCAGCGGCAAAUCGCAGAUUUCAAGCACCAUAAGCAGUAGCAGCAACAGCAGCAAAGAGCUGAGCUCGGCGAUGAGAGCCGAGUCUCGAGCCUCCUCCUCUGCCUCAUCGUCGCCAAAGCGAAGCAGCGUCGUCGCUGAUUAUCGAUCAAAGGAGUCUGCAUCGGUGGUAGACAUUGACAGUGGAGAAAAGGAAUACAAAAAACGAAAGAUCGAGUCCAAGGCCGUCGACGAGAGCAGCAGCGGCAACAAUGAGAGACAGCAGCGGCAGCACCACAGCUCGCAGGCCGAGUCGCACCUACCACCGCCGUCGUCUUCAAGUGGUGGCGGCAGAUCUUCGACCAUCGCCACUUCCUCCUCUUCCUCUGGCUACGGCGACAAGAAGACGUCGCUUCGCAAACGAACGGUAAUUGUGCGCACCAACAGCAGACAUGGCGGCGACCCAAGCAUGAUAACACUGAACAGUGGCAGCAGCAGCAUCAGCUGGCACAGUUCGCCGCCCAAUGCACGCCCACUCACUGACACUGACACUGUACUAAUCAAACGAUCGGGUAAUGAUCAUUCCAUUGCCAACUCCUCCUCUUCACUUGACACGCAGGCCAAGGAAACUUCCUCCUCGGUGCAGGAGGCGCCCGAGCCGCCGACGAUGAGCAGUAGCAGCAGCAGCAGCAAACGAAAAAAGGAGCAUCACGAGGAGAGCAGCAGCAGCGGCAGCAGUAAGCCCAAGAGAGGCGAUGACCGCAGCAGCAGCGACGCAAGAAAGGUACAAUCGGAUUGA